AACAGUUUGCCGCCGUCGUGAUUGCCACUGGUCGUGGGGAAGAUAGCCUGCUCAUUCUAAGGCUUAAACUGUACAGGUCUCAGAGUUUCCAAACCAUCCAUUUCCUUCUUUCCUUUUUCUUAUCGAUUUUCCUUGUCGUACACUUAUCAUCUCCCAGACUGGAGUUGGACCGACUAGUGGCCUCCGUCCAUUUGACUUGUGUUUUUGUGCUUCGCAAGGGAACCUGAAAGAUGCCUACGCGUAGAUCGUCAGCUGCAACAGCAGCCAUACAUGGCGGUGGUCCUUCAAGCUCACGAGUUCACAAGAGCAGUGAAUCGGCUCUAUUUGGGCAGGGCUCUGUCUUAAGUAGUGGUCUGAAUACGUCCGCGACUCCAUUGCAGAAGAUUGUCCAGGUUUUGGUCGGAAGACUGAAAAACAAACUUCCUUCUCAUUCUGGAAUUCCUCUGGAUCGUCUGGAGGCGGACACCGCUACAGAACAGACUAUUGAUGCAUUGGUCAAUCUUUCACAUGAAACACUGGACACCAUCGCUUUGGCGUUGGCUGAACUGCUGGAGAAAUUGUCAAAGCAAGUCGAUACCAGUGGCCAUCAUACGAUUGAAGUCCUUCAGUCUCAGCUAUUUCUGCUCAAAGUUCUCUCCGUGGCAAUGGGAUCCCGAUGGCAGCCAUAUGACGCUCGGUCCAGCUCUCGUACUAGCAAUCGUCCGCCGUAUGGUUCAGAGGCCGACAUCUCCUCGCCUUCCAAACGAACACGCGUAGUUCCCGACCAAUCUUCCACACCCGUAUCUUGGAUUGAGCCACCUCCACUUGAUGAGAGUUGUGCCAAAUACGUACUGAGCGUAAUGGUUUUAUUCUUACGUCAAACAGCUCUGCCUGAACCUCCCCUUGUCCUUCCCACCUCUCAAUAUGCGGACGUCUCAUUCAGAGACUACGAGCAUGGAAAAGCAGCACUGGUCGCAACAACACUGGAACUCCAAGAAUCCGUAUCUAACGACUAUGCCGAAGUCAAUACCGAAAAAAUAACCUCCUCUCACAGUCCAGUCCCUACUCCCAUCCAGCCUGAACUUCGCAAUAAGACAUCUGCUAGUUCGGUGAAGACAUCCCUUACCGGAAACUUCUUCCUACAUGGUCAAGCUAGUGUUUACGAGAAGACGAUCAUGUCGGCAGUCAAUUCAGAGUACAAUCUCAAUAAUCUCAUCGCGAAGUUCGCUGGAAAAAUCAUUUUUCACAUCUCGGCAUCUAACUGGAAGAUCGUAUUUCAACGUCUAAGUUUGAAGAUCAGAUAUCUAGCACAGCACACAGAAGACGGGAUGGACACUGUUGACUUGCACAUCUUGAGCCACAGCCUGCUGGAUCGGCAGAGGUUAAUGCAAGUUUUGAAUGAGCUGUCCUCGCUCAUGGUUAACAUGUCCGGUGAAGCUUACAAAGCGAUAGCUGUCCCACUUCGUUGGGCAAUGUGGUCGUGGAUAGACAACUUCCCUGCAGAGUUCAGCGAAUCAAUGCGUUCUCGCGGCAAAAUGGACGGUGCACCUGUCGUGUUCGAUCUCCUCUACAAAAAGUCCUCUGGCUUUGAGACGAUAUUUUGGCCAACUCUCAGCAUCCUUCAUUGUGUAACAGAAAGGACCGUGUGGGAUACCAACCCUCACUAUAACGUUGGGAGGAACAACAAACUCAAGUUUUUGGAGGAAGUGGAGAGAGGCAGAGACAGCACCCCAAAGUUGGCCGAGGUAGCUUUACAAUGUGGAAAUGAUGUAUGCCGAGCAGCCAUGUGUGUACAGCCGGGCCUCGACGAUGUGCCGUUGUGUAUGCUAGCAUUUGAUGUCGCGCACGAAAAAAAGAGCUACUUGUGGAAUCCCUCUCGGAAGCAUGCAUGGGACAGUAUGGAAGAGAUAGAUAUCGCUCUUCUCGCGGAGUGCUUGGUCUCCAUAUUUCGCUUUGUGUCGGAACAGGAUGCUCUAGAGGUCUUUUCUGCCUGUUUCGAACCUGAACGCGCCGAUGCUGUUAAGACUGCUACAAUACGUGCCUGCCUGACCCUUGUUCAAGAGGCUUCUCGUUUUCCGUGGCAGCGCUCGUUAGCGACGCUUGAAAAUUUAACAGCCCCUCGGUUGCGAGAUAUUUUCAAGGCUGCCAGUACGAAGCGUCCUGAAACAGAUGCCUUCGGUAACAUGAAACGAAGUGCUCCCCUUCCUCGUGCCAAGAAGAUACAACGACAAAAUCUCAGUGACCGUGAGGUUCUGCUAUUGGCCAUUCUAUCGUUGUGGAGGGCGCGACCUACGUUCUUUUUGACUAAUAUGCAAGAAAAAGACAACACGUCGUGGAACAUAUUUUUCUCUACCACUAAGCUAUGGGAAGCCAAUGUUGACAACUCGGUCAAAAUAUCUAACGCCGCGACUGUUCUCCUCAAGGCGGAGGUGGGCAUUAUGUUGUCACCGCAAGAUCCUCUUUACGAAGAAUGCAAUACAUGGUUGAGAGAAUCUCUGCCUCAGACUCUCGUCAGCGUAGUGACAAACCUGUUGCACAGUCGCUCAGAGAUCGAGGCGCAACGACUGUGGGCAAGUCUUAGUCUCCAGCUUUUAGAAAUGUUCGUUCGAAAGGCAGACACGCCUCACCUAAAGGAGUUCCAGAGUAAUCCGUCCAGAGUACCUGCCUUACUUCUAGCAGAAUUGGCCUUUUUGGUGUCGCUUGCCUCGUCCGACAGUCAGGUUUCCCAUCUCGCUACGCAAGGUCUACGCAUAUUAGCUUUCGCUGAAAGACAGCCUGGUGCCCCCGAUAACCCGCUCACCACACAGGACGAACUAUCCAAGCGAUUUGCUGUGUAUGAAAGGCUUGGAGAUCCCAAAGUCACUUUUGUCGGGCGUCUGGGCCAUCAGAAGAGAAUCAGGAAACUGCUUAGAUUGAUGCCUGCUUCGAGCGCAAUCCAUACGGCCAUGUGGAUGGAGUGUCAUAACAGGUGGAAAGCCUUGACUGAGCAAGUCAAUGAUGAAACCUUGAGCGACAAUCCUUCGAUGAGGAGGUCUGCUGCUGCUCAGGAAAAUCUCAACCAGUGGCAAAAUUUAACCCUCUUUCUCGCUGCCACUGGAGGGGCAUGUAUAGACGACAAGGGUUCUAGUCCCAUUUUACUUCAUAACGUCAUCCCGAUGAGAUAUCUUCCCGACCAGUUGCGCGCCUUGGAGAAUCCGAAUCAUCACGUCUAUAAUUUUGUGAACACUGUCACCGCGUUCUUACUGGCAGACGAUCCACAAAUUCGCGAUACAGCCCGAGAGGCCCUUGGUUCUGAACUCAGUCCUCGUCUGUACACCAAAGUGCUAAUAUAUUUUGAUGUCGUCGUUCGAGUCGUGCAAGAGAAGGAGCAAGAACGCCAUCUGAUGCUCAGGUUUGUUGACCAGUUCAUUGCCGUUCUCAAGUUAAUUGUUGAGAAUACUCAAGCGAGGAUGGAAGAGGUGAUAAACAUAGACAUCAGUGGAACAUUGACUGGUCUUACCAACGUCAUCACGCGAUAUGAUUCUCAAGACACCUUCCGAGAGAAGAUCAAGUUCUGUUCCCUAUGCGAUAGCGUAUACGAGCGCUCCGACACCUUGACAUUGCGUAAGGACAGUAAUGCCCGUCAGAACAUUCUAGAUGCUGUUAUUCAAUGGAUCAACAAGCCCGAUUCGUCGUCAGAGACUCAGAUACAGCAGUUUGAGUUGAAUUCAGCAUGCUUGCGAACAUGCGUCAAAUUGUUGGACCGUCUGCAACUGAAGCAGUUGGAUCCUUCCACCACCGGUGAUGAUAGCCUCCAUUUUGUUUCAAGACUUUUCAUCAAGUACCAGACUAUAUUGUUGAAUGGCCUUGAAAUUUGUCAAAUGGAUUCUCUUACGUCGGACAGCACUUCAGAUCUCGGUUCAAUUCAAUCAAAGACGAGAGCAUCGAAUCGAGAGACGGAAGUUCGCGAAUUGGUCAUUACAGGGCUUUCACACCUAGUCAGUGCUAAUACCGAGAGUGGCUUCAAGCAAUGUCUGCCUUUGGCUUAUAAUGAAGACAACCGCAAACGUACAAUUUUCGCCCAUGUUUUUGCCCGGGUCAUUGGACAAGGAACCAAGUUUGAUCCAGAGGAUCGUUCCCCCUCAAUCACACGUCAAUCACGGUUAGCUGAGCUGGUGAAAGAAUCUGAUCUCUCAAUCGCCAUCGCCAUUUGUGAGACAUGUCCCCCCGGAGAGGUCGAUGGCAUGAUAUCUGUUCUCUUGAACCUUUUUGAUACUAGAGCAUCCCUUAUGAAGCUUCUCAAGACAGCGAUUGACCGUGAAGUCUCACACACAGAGAACGAAGCGGCUUUGUUUCGUGGCAACAGUACUUGCACUCGUUUCUUGUCGGCCUUUGCACGCAUUCACGGCUACAAUUAUCUGAGAAGCCUCGUUGAACCUCUAGUGAAGAGUAUGGAAUCCCUUCCUCCUGGGCAAGGAUACGAAUUAGAUCCAUCGAAAGCGGGUGAACAAGACGUGCUUCAAAAUAGGAAAAACAUCGAGUACGUGGCGCAAUCUUUCCUGGAAAUAAUUGGGUCAUCAACGUCCAAAAUACCCUCCAUGUUCCGUGAGAUCUGUGUGCAUAUAGGAAAAACUGUAUAUCAGAGGUGGCCAGAGGCCAAAUUCGCGGCUCUCGGGGCGUUUGUAUUCCUUCGAUUCAUUUCUCCUGCUGUUGUGGCCCCAGAGAUAAUCGAUCUCGAUCCUCCAAGUGAUAGUCUUCGUCGAGGCUUGAUGUUGAUUGCCAAAAUCAUUCAAAACCUUGCGAACAACAUAUUCUUUGGGAAGGAAGCACAUAUGAUUGGCCUAAAUGACUUUUUGAGGGAACAUAUCACACAUGUUACCCGUUACCUUAGUGAACUCAAUCGUUAUACUCCUCCCGAAAUCGAGGAAGAUGAGUGGUUGGGAACGACGACUGAUGAUACCGAUAUCAUCGUGUUGCAUCGAUUCUUCGAUAAACAUGCGGACAAAAUAGGGAAGGAAUUGCUCAGCAUCUCUAAACCUUCCGCAGAGGGUGAUAAUUCAGCUGCGAAUGGCAAGAAUGCAUGGGACAACCUAUGCACGCUUUUAGUUGACCUAGGGCCACCUUUAGAGGUUCCAAAAAUGUCUACUUUGAGUAGCAGCGAACACCCCGAGUAUCUGAUUUUGAUGGAGCGCUAUGCCAAUAAAAUGACGAGUUCCGUUCAGGACGUAUUUCUUGAGACAGUCCCGCCCGUCGAUGCGAAUGACACUGCCUACUUCGUCUUGCGGUUCAACAAGGUCGAUGUGGAAGCAUUGGAUUUGGAGCUGUUGAUGUAUCACAUUUUCAGAACUCUGCAAUCGUCAAAAUACAAAGAUAUCUAUUUCGAGAUCAUCCUCGAUUGCACCGACCUCACCGCGCUUUCAGAAUUACCCUUGCGAUGGCUGAAGUACUUUGCCGAACUUGUUCCAUUGGACAUCCGUAUGCGGUUUGCCAAAGCUCACAUCUUGAAUGCCAACAAUACGACACAGAAGUAUUUGCGAAGGCUCUACAAUGUGUUUGCUGGGACAGGAUUCUGUAGCGACAUAAAAGCUUCGUGCUCGCUCUUGGAACUAAUGGGCCAAGUGCCGACAGGUGUUAUUGAAUCCCCAGCGUUGCAAGGACCCUUGUCCCUGGAGCAAGAGGUCAGCGACAUGUUCAGGGAUGUUACUUGGAAGAACAAUGAUCUGGCAAGGGUCGCAGUUGAACUCACCGUCGGUGAGACGCAUGUCAAAAUUACCUCAGCUCGGGCUAUGCCUAUUGCCCCGGGACUAGUUUGCCGCUCUACAGAGAUCGUGCUACUAGCAGAGAUCAGCGACGUUUAUAAUGUUCAAACAGGCCAGGAAAUCAACGAAUUCAUCAUACGGCGGAGUAGGCAAGGGGACACAUUGUAUUUCAGUUCCCCGGCUCGUGAUAUGAUCAUCAAGACUAUCCGAAACGCUAAAGGCCGCUUAAAGGAUAGUCAGGCUCCAAUGAGUGAACGAUUUAUGCGGUUUUCUAACGUCCCGGCGACAUUGCUUCAUGUUGGCAUGCUCAGUAUUGAUGCACACGAUGAGGACUUGCGAAGUGCUGCCUAUGAUCUCCUGGGCGCUGUUUGUACCUACCUCAAUUUUGAUAAGAGUCCAAUCGUUGCAGCAAAAGCUGGCUUUAUUCCUGGGGACAUAAAUGCUUUUGUCAUCGGCCUAAGCGCUCGGUUGGCGGCGUUUGCUCCUCAACUGACUCUAGACUUCAUCUCGGAGGUAGCGGCUGCGAUGACCGCCAUGGAGAGGAAGGCAGUUAUGCAAAUUUUGCAGCGCAUCAACUGCCUGCGCUACAUGAACCCUUGGAUCAAGAACUUGGAAGCUUUUGCCACCCCCACAAGUCCUCUAUUUGAACGUUCGGGGGCAAGACUACGUGAUUGUAUUAGAGUAUUGAUCGAUCUCACCACUACCAUGCCAGAGCUGUCCGCGAAUGCAGUCCAAGUGCAUAUUUGGGGGGAGAUAUCCAAGUUAGAGAGCGUCGUCGUGGACAUCGUAUUCGAUGAACUGGUACGGACGGCUACGGACGGCGGCAUUGGAACUCGUCGUUGUGAAGUAAUUGCUCAUGCGAUCUCCGCACUUUCGUCAAUCAGUGUACGUGGUCGGCUGUACUCAAGAUUAAGAAAGGCGAUUAUUAAAGCCUCGCCUAGGUUAUCCAGAAAUCCUUCCGUCAAUCCUGCAUGGACUGAAGUUGCCACUCUGCUCCGGAUCGCCCUCGUCGCCGGAUUUGAAGCUAACCAGCCUGUGCAUAACCAACUGUACGUUCCUGAGGUCAUCCACAUUGUGACGCUAGUUGCUGGUGUGGGCUCGACGAUCGUCCGAAAAUCGGUGUACGGGAUCAUCGUCAACCUUGUGCAAUGUUUAUACCUCGCUCGAACCGAACAAAGCACUGCUCCUGAACUAGCUCAACUCGUUUCAGAUUGCUCCCAGACUGAAGUGCUCAAACUCUUUGGACUGUCACGCCUCACAGCUACGAGUGAAUAUGCGUCAUACGAUGUCUACCCUGACAAUACCAAGGAGGGUAUCGAAAUCCAAGAGCGACUUACCGCAUUUUUGCUACGAGUCAUGUCGGUGUGUUCAGGUUCUAAAGGUCAACUGAAUGCGUGGAGGGCACGUUGGAUGAGUCUUGCAACGUCGUGCGCCUUCCAGUAUUCAUCCAUGAUCCAAAUGAGGUCGUUCAUCGUAUUGGGGACCCUGGCGACCUCCGAUGUCGACGACGACUUCAUGUAUCAAAUGCUGAUGGCAUUCAGAACAGCCCUACGACAGCCUGACAUUGCGGACAUUAUGGCGCUCGUGAGCAUGUUACGUUGUAUAUCAAAGGUUAUCCCUGGAUUACCCUAUGACUCCCGUCAUAUUCCUCAGCUUUUCUGGCUUGGUGUGGUGUUCAUACAGUUCAGUCACAUCGCUUUCUUCGAAGAGGGCGUAUGCUUGAUGUCGUUGACAUUACGGGAGAUGAAGAAACGGGGAAUGUUCAGCCAAAGCACUGUUUCGUCCCGACUGCUGGAGGCACGCUCUCCAAUGGAGGAACCAGCUUUGCAAUUCGAUAAUAUGCUGCAACUAUCCUUCGAUUCCAACUUCUCGUUCUCGCUUGCGGCUAUUCUCUUCAAGGGUCUUCGACAUAGCAUCCUCAGGGAAUGCACAGAGGAAACUCUACGCAGCCUCCUCAGCUUGACCGUUGAAAUUGAUGGCGAAAAUGCUCCAGCGAACGGCGGGCAGGAUGCUCUGAAUGCAGAUGUUUUGGGAUAUACCUUGGCGCUUCUGCCCGUUUCUACGACGGUAACUGAUUUUAAUCGGUUGCUGAAAACCUGCGGCACGGGUGAUGAGCAGCUUCUGGAGACGGAACCGACGCCACUUGGCGAUGGAAAGGGCGUUCCACAUGUUUCCAUAGAGUUCCUUGGGAUUAAUGACGCCAAUACUGCACUCCUCGCGACUUCAUUCAUCGGCGUCAUGCUCACCACUGCCCAAGGUGACGAUGCGGAGACGGAAAUGCUUUAUGGUCUACUCGCGGAGAUCGCUAACUUCUUCCCUGAAACGAUUCGAUUGGCUUACGACAGUCUCAGAGAUCGAAUUGAAGAUACUUUCGCCAACGCCUCCAAUCCCUCGAUUAUAAACUACGCCUCGUCGAUGGUACGUACGGCACUCUUGGAUGACGGCCUACCCAUCAAUCGUGAAAACUCACGUGCUGCCGCGAUGCGUGGCUCGUCGUCGACAUUGAACACCCUCGACGAAGCAUCCUCGAUUCAUGGCCCUGGUAGCAAUCAUCUCAAAGCUCUCGAAGAACAAGGAAUGCAAGGUGUUGCCAAACCUUUGCAGUUUGUUUCCGUGCAUAACACAGCGGCAACGACCAAGAUGCUGAAUUUAAUUGCUGAUCUCGUCGCCCUCAUUGUGUCAUGAAUCAUGAAUCUCUCACAUCACUAUCAUACUUUUUUCUUGCGUUUCUCGGUCGAAUACUUACCAUACUACACACAUUAAAGAUUUCAUAUGUAUUCUACCAUCGGUACUAUAUAGCAAUGUUAAAAGUACAGUUUCCAG